AUGUCAAAAGAGUGUUUAAAUAAUUAUCAACAAAAUUUCCUAACUAGUUCUGUAGAAAAAAUUACUAUUACAAAGGGUACUGAAGCAGCCGAUUCAACAAGUCAAACAGAAACUAUUAUUGAGCCAACUUACGUUUCUGUAAUUGAUCCAUUUACAAGAGAAAUAAUUGAAUUACCUACACAUGAAGAUGAUUCCUUAACAUUAUCAACAUUAUCUCAUGCUAUACCCGGAGCAUGUGGUUUAAAAUACCAUAAUGCCAGAUCUGGAACACAAAGAGCUCUUCUUAUGGAUCCAGCUGGAUUAAAAUUUUUAUCACCUCAUGGUGGAUGGAAAGGAAAACAAUUUACAGUUAUAUUUUCUGAACAAUCAUGUUCAUAUGACCGUAAUAGAUAUACUAAUUUUGGGCAUGGUUUUUAUCGACCGGGGGAUCAAAAUGCAAAAAGAAGAAAAUUAAUGGAUGAUGAUUGUCUUAGUUGUUAUGAUUGUAGUGACGAAGAUGGUUUUGAAGGUAUAACUUCAACAAAUAUGAAACAAAAACGUUCUAAGAAUGAUGAUGAUGAUAAUGAUUCACAGACUGAAGAAGUGACGUCAGAUUUGAUUGUUCUAGGUAUCCCAUAUUCUAAUACAGAAGAAGAUUUAAGAAAGUAUUUUGAAAAAUUUGGAACAGUUACUGUAUCACAGAUAAAAAAGAAGGAGGAUGGACAGUCAAAAGGAUAUGGAUUCAUUAGAAUGUUAGACUACAAAAGUCAAAUGAAAGUUUUACGAAGUUCACCAUUAAGAAUUGACAAUCGUACAGUUACAGUAAAAAUACCUAAUAAUACAAAACAAAGUGAGGAGAAUGGUUCUGUAAUUGAGAAACCUAAUAUUCGAAAACGCUUAUUUGUGUCACGUAUAACAGAAGAUUUAACACAAGAUAUAUUAAAAAAUUUCUUUACAAAAGAGGCUAAAAAAAUUAAUCCUAGUAAUUCAGUAACGUCGGUUUUUAUACCACGACCUUUUAGAUCAUUUGCUUUUAUAGCAUUUUCAAAUGACUCUUUUGCUGUAGAAGUAUCUAAUUUAAAAGAGUGUCAGAUAUCUAAUUCACAAGAAUCAACAGAAAGUAGUAAAUCAACAAAAUAUACUGAUAGAAGUCUUGAAACCGGAAUAGAUGCUUUAAAUUUAAAUCAACCAAUAAAACAAAAAGAUGAUGAUCCAGAUGUUAAAGAAGAUUUUAUUGAUAACAAACAUUCUUAA